UCUUGCCCAGAAGAACUCACCCCCAAAUAAAAUUUAUACUCAUUUUCCCUCGCAACCGAAGACCCGAAAGAAUUAGAGUGAGCUGAAUUGAAUCGAAUAUAAAACGACAUCGUUUCCUGCAAGAUGUGCCGGCGGUUUCAUUUCUCACGCCUCUGUCGUCUAUUCCACCAUUCUUUCCGUUCCUUCACUGAUAAAUCAACAUUAUCCAUAUCCAAAGCAGAAGAAAAAUCACUAUUAAUUACACUCUCUCAGGUUUUUAGUCAAAUAAAGCUUUGGACUAGCGACUUCGAUUCCGAUUCGGAUAAUGCUGAUCAUGGCGAGCCGUUGGAGGAUAAUUCGACGUGUCAUUUGUCACCUUCCGAAUGUAUACUCGAUAUUACAAAUACUUCGAUGUUUUUGCUAGCAGUCGAGAGUCGAUAUGUACAACAUUUAGUAGGAAAUGUGGUCGUGUCGGUAUCUGAGUUUGUAGUCACGUCGGGGAGAUGUUGGGAAGAGUUUUUGAAGUCGCUUUGUUUUUACUUUGAGAUGGUAAUGUGUAAAGUGAUUUCGUCUUCUUUGGGUACGCCAGUUAGAGCUAAAUGUUUGGAUACUGAAUCUUUGGAUUGCAAGUUGGAUUUACGGGUACUGUUGGAUGAUGCUGGAUGGAACUUUGUAGGUGCUAUCGUUUUGGUAUUACGUACUAUUUUGAAACGUUUGAAAACUGAGGAAGAAGAAGAUGAUGAUGAUAAUGAUGAUGCUGAUGAUGAUGAAAUUGUGGAAGUUUACUUGAAAGCUCUUGGUUCUUGUCUGCAAAAUAUACCGUGGAAUUUGUUUGAUGGGAUUUUUAUUGAUGAUAAUGAGUUUUCUGGAUAUUUUGUUCAGUUGUUAUGUUCUAUGGUUUCACAAAGCAGCGUUCCGGAAACAGUGGCUAUACAUGAAAUUGUCAACAUCUUUCCAAAGAUUUUAACUUGGUGUUUUGUUAAGCAAGGGGAAAGUUGUAGUCAUACUCGUAUUUCUCAAUACGUCCGGCACAAGAUUUUGGUACUGAUGAGCAGACUUAGUUCUCUUGUCGAUCUGGAUUGUAUAAUGGUUGUUUCGUGGUUGCAGCUUAUCAAUAACUACUUCCAUGAUCUAUUAUUGGAAUCGGUAGCUCAACUUGAGGCUGAUCAAAACGAUUGCCUUAAAGAUUCUCCAUUUAAUGGAACUUCUUAUCGACAUUUACAAAGACGGGCUGUUUUCCUUUAUUUGAAGUUGACUUUUAGUUUGAUUAAAUCAAAAGAAAGAUGUAAGAAGCAAUGUGCAUGUGGGGAUGUGAAUUCUUGUUCAAAGAAAGGAUUUACAGCAUUAUACGAGUGGAUUCAAAAGCAGCUUCCGGCAAAUAUUAUUGUGAACUUUGAGUUAUAUGAUGGUAGCUGCAAGAGCUUCACAAAGUCUUUUCUGCAGCUUUAUAUGCACGAGGAUGAUAUGUUGUUUGAAGUUCUCUUACUGCUGACAUACAUACAACAGAUUGGUGAAGAUUGGACCUCUCAGGUGGUAGAGAAGGAUAUAGUUUUCCUAUUGUUGGACAUCUUUGAUACUGUACACCUAUUCCAUCUAUUUCUGUCAGAGCUGCACUAUGAUCAUCAAGUGCUUCUUGAUUACCUUAUCUCAAAAUACACUGGAGCCAGCUGUGCCGAGUAUAUUUUAAGGUGCUUGCGUAUUAUAUGUGAUCAAUGGAGAUCCUUCCUGGAAUAUCCACAUCUUGUGGAAGUUGGAAGUCAUUCAUCUUACAAACGAAGAAAAGUUACGAAUGAUUCAUGCAUACAACAAGAGUUAUCUUCGGUAUCUGUGUGCGACCAGUUUCCAAUAUCAUCCAAAACAAAUUAUAAUAAUGAGAAAACUUGUAAACAACCAUUUCACGAUGCACGAGACUGUUUGCUUCUGCUAAAGAAAUCCAUUGAGAGUUUACACCAGAAAGAUUUGUUUCCGUAUAAUCCACAAGUGCUUUUGCGACGUUUAAGAAGAUUUCAGGAACUUUGCUCAACAUGAUAGGAGUGAGAGAAGAGUGAGUCGUUAUUACUCUUACAUUUUUCUUGGUUCACUCAAAUUCUUUUCAUGAAAAAGGUUGUUUUCUAGCAAAAAGAUUUGUUAUAUGGGGUAACUCCCAACCCGGGGUCCCUUUGGAAUCCACAAGGGCCUAUGCAUCGAAGACGGUAGCACAAGUGUAGACGAAUUCCAUAGGGAGAAAAAGCUUUUUAUCGAAUGUGACUGGAUGGUCGAAAACAGUUUUAUUGAGUGAUAGGUUACACAUUUUAAGGCGCGAGCCAAGCGACUCAAAGUGAAGCCAUUUAUACCGAGGACGAACCUCUUAAUUAGAUGGGAACUCAUCCAUUAUAGAAAUUAGAAACGAAGGAAAAAAGAAAGGUAAAAAUUUUACUGUAGUAAUACAAAUACGAAUGACUAAAGUUUAGUUUCUGUUUCAACAUUUAUUGAAAACUUUGUUAAGGAA